UCUAGAUUCACUAAUCAUUUCUUUAAUUAGGUCACUACUCCUUUUAUUGUCUCUGCUUCACAUUUGCUAAGCACCUUACUAAUCUGUUUUGUUACCUCCACUGUUAUCAUUUCAGAUUUUUCAGCUGUGUGGCUUUUGAUUUCUUCCCCAGGAGUGCCAAUGUUUUAUAGUUCCCUGUAGAGGCUGCCUUUCCCUAUAGGGACUGCCUUAGGGCCAACUACCCCAGGCUCAUGACAGGGUAGGGGUGAAGCAGUACAGCAGGCCCAGGAAGAUAAACUUUGAGUGAGUGAGAAGUCAAAAUACCCACAAAAUCUGCCCCAAGGGUCUGCAGCUUCAACUCCAUGAAACCGGUAGCUUCCCCUGAUGCCAGCACUACCCAGAGAGGUGGUACAGUUUCCCUUUACAUUCUUUGAACUGAGUGAAGUGAAGCAGAAGUUAGGGUGCUACACGAAUGACCCUGAUGGGUAUGUUUGAGGCUUUGUGUUCCUCUGCAAGGUUCAAGCUCAUAUGGGAGGAUAUCACCCUGAUUUUGGAGGAGACCCUUAAUCAAGCUGAGAGGGAAAAGUUAUAGGAGGCAGCAGUAAAGACAGAAUAAAUACUUCUGUCUAUGAUGGGAACAGACAUCCAUAGAACAUGACGGGAGGAGUCCUGCCCUCUUCUUGCUCAAGGGUGGGAUAGUGAAGACUCACAUGGACCUUGACUGCAUGUUUGGAGCAAGCUCCAGAAACUGAUGGCAGAAGUGAAGAAAUUGCUGACACUGUAUGAUCUAAUGCAGGAAGUAUAUGAUAAUAGGAAUCAAGAGAAGCCGAAUAAAGAAAAGACAAAAUAGAUCAAGAGAAGAUUGCUGUUCAAGGGAACUUACCAGGAGCAGGGAAUUGAACUCAGGACCUCGAAUUUGGCAGCAGUUAAGGUGGCAGGACUAGAUCCCUGGAUCCAAGAUUCCUAGGUGAAGCUCUGGACAGCACAGGGAGAUACUCCCAGUGACACAAUCCCUGACUGCACCCUGUUGGGCAGGAUUUCAACAACACUUGUGAACCAGCAGAAGACCUCAAGUUCCUCUUUAAGAAGGCCAUGGAACACAGCAAAGAAUAUUGAUGUUUCAACAGAUGUGGAAAAACGACUGAAUUUUUCCAGGUUUCAAGAUCCAGGAGAAACAGAGCCACCAGGAAAAUGUUCCAAUCUCUAUUUCAGCUCCCCUCAGACUGGAACACAGCAAAGAAUAUUGAUGUUUCACCAGAUGUGGAAAGAAGACUGAAUUUUGCUGGAUUUCAAGAUCUAGGAUGAACAGAGCCACUAGAAAAUGUUACCAUCUCUAGUUGAGCUCCACUCAGACCGGUGGGAUUGGCCGGUGUUGUCAGUCUCAGUUCAGAGGGUGGGACGUGGAGCCAGAGCAAAUCAGUGUUGAGGGGGCGGGCUCUGUAAGCUGUCCAAUCAGGUUGGCCGAGUAGGGCGUGCUUGCGCCAAAGUCCGGAUAUCCGAAUGCGUUGUUGAGAGCCAACUGACCUGGCUAGACUGCUUUGCCCCCGGACUUCUACUUGCUGCAGGCUGCCUAAGAAGGACCUUGGGAGACACUGAAGCCACACAAUGGAGGCAGUGACCUUCGAGGAUGUUGCUGUGAGGUUCACUAUGGAGGAGUGGGCUUUGCUGGACCCAUCCCAAAAGAAGCUCUACAGAGAUGUGAUGUGGGAAACCUUUAGGAAUGUGUCUGCUGUAGAAAGAAAUUGGGAUAACCAGAAAAUUGAGGAUGAGUACAAAAGUUGCAGCAUUAAUCUAAGAAGUGAAGAGGUAGAAAAAUGGCAUCAAUAUGAAUUACAGUAUCAGUAUGAAGAAAUAGUUUCUUUGUCCUCAGAUGAUAAUGUGUACAUGGAGGCAGUCAGUACAAACUCAGGUGAAGUCCUUGCCUGUAGAAAGCCACUGCUUGGUCACUCAUCAGCAAAUGUGUCCAUAAUAGCUAACACUGAACUCAAAGAAUGUGAAUCUCAGGAAUUUCAGGAAAGGCUGUCUAAUUGUAGCAAACGUGGGGAGGCCUGUACUGAAUUCCAGUCCUUUCAGAAGCAUGGUGAAACAACUUCUGGAGGGAAAGCCUAUGAAUAUAAGCAGUGUGGAAAAUUCUACUCUGAUUGCACUGAAGGAACUAACACAGAAGGGAUGUCCUUUGAAUAUAAGCAGGAUAUGAAAGCCUUUAGUACAGUAAACUGUGUUCAAGUCCGAGAAGGCCAUCACAGCGGAGUGGUUAUACAUGGAUGUAUACAAAGUGGAAUAGGUUUUAAUUCUCACCAUGAUAUUCAGAUACAUGAAAGAGCUCACACUGGAGAAGAACAAUAUGUAUAUAUGUGCAGUGAAAAAUCCUUAACUAAUAACUCUUCAUUUUAUAAACUUGAAAGAGGAGAAACUGAGGAGAAGCCCUAUCUAUGCAAGCAAUGUGGGAAAGCUUUCAGCAAACAGAGUAAUUGUAGAAGACAUGAAAGGACUCACUCUGGAGUGAAACCCUAUGUAUGUAAGCAGUGUGGGAAAGCUUUUCGCACACAAUUUAGUUGUCAAAAUCAUGAGAAAACUCACACUGGGGAGAAACCCUAUGUAUGUACACAGUGUGGGAAAGGUUUUGUCACACAAUUUAAUUGUGAAAAUCAUGAGAAAACUCACACUGGGGAGAAACCCUAUGCAUGUGAUCAAUGUGGGAAGAGUUUCAGCAGACACAAUCAUCUUCAAGUACACAUAAAAACUCACACUGGGGAGAAGCCCUAUGUAUGCAAGCAAUGUGAGAAAGCAUUCACCAGAAAAAGUAGUUGUAAAAGACAUGAAAGCACUCAUACUGCAGAGAAACACUAUGUAUGUAAGCACUGUGGAAAAGCCUUUAGCGCAAAAUUUAAUUGUCAGAGUCAUGAAAGAAUUCACACUGGGGAAAAACCCUAUGUGUGUAAGCAUUGUGGGAAAGCUUUCAGCACACACUUUAAUUGUCAAAGUCAUGAAAGAAUUCACACUAUGGAGAAAUGCUAUAUGUGUAAACACUGUGGGAAAGCUUUUGGCACACGAUGUAGUUGUCAAAAUCAUGAAAGAAUUCACACUGGGGAGAAACCCUAUGUAUGUAAGCAAUGUGGGAAGUCAUUUAGUAUAGAAAGAUCUUGUCAAAUACAUGAAAGAAUUCACACUGGAGAAAAACCUCAUGUGUGUAAGCAAUGUGGGAAAGGAUUUACCACACGUGGUAAUUGUCAAAUACAUGAAAGAAUUCACACUGGGGAGAAGCCAUAUGUAUGUACACAAUGUGGGAAAGCUUUUGGCACACACAGUCACUGCAAAAGACAUGAAAGAACGCACACUGGGGAGAAGCCAUAUGUAUGUACACAAUGUGGGAAAACGUUUGGCACAUACAGUCAAUGCAAAACACAUGGAAGGACUCAUACUGGGGAAAAACCCUAUGUAUGUAAGCAAUGUGGGAAAGCAUUUAGUGCAUACAGUCAUUGUAAAAUACAUGAAAGAAUUCACACUGGGGAGAAACCCUACAUGUGUAAGCAUUGUGGGAGAGCUUUCAGUGCACAAAGUAAUUGUCAAACUCAUGAACGAAUUCACACAGGGGAAAAACACUAUGUAUGUGAUCAGUGUGGGAAAGCUUUCUACAGACAUUGUCAUUUGCAAAUACAUGUAAGAGUUCACACUGGAGAGAAACCCUACGUGUGUAAGCAUUGUGGGAAAGCAUUCAUCAGAAAAGGUAAUUGUCAAAGACAUGAAAAGACUCACAAGGUAGAGAAACCCUAUGUAGGCAGCUUAUGUGAUACAACUUUCCCCAUCCAGAAUGAUUGUCAAAAUCAUGGAAGAACUCAUAUUGCUGAGAAAUAGUAUGUGUGCAAGUGAUAUGGGAAAAGUUUCAACACAUAGUAAUUGUGAAAUAUGUGACAACUUACACUGAUGAGAAAUUCUAUUUACAUAAGCAUUGUUGGAUUUCAUUCUUUACACAGUGAUGUCAUCAAUUACAUAAAACAAUUACACUGAACAAUGUGUAGCAAUCACGUUACACUAAGCAAUGUGUAGAAAACUUCAGUUAUUCCAGUAAGCAUCAUAGACAUUUAAAAAGUAAGAAAGGACAUUAGUGGUGAAUAUAUAAAAUGCCCUGCAUUAACAUGAAAGCACCUAUAGAAGGAAGACCUUUUUCUGUAAGGAAUGUAAAAAAAAAAAAAUUCAAUAUAUACUUGUAUAAUUACAUACAUGAAAGAAUUCAUAGUGAACCAGAAUCUGAACAUAUGUGAGCAAUGAGGGAAAUGUCUUUUUUUGUUUUUUUUGUUUGUUUGUUUUUUGUUUUUUCCCAGUACGGGGAAUCGAACUUAUGACCUUGCGCUUGCCAGGCAGGAGCUCUGUGGCUGAGCUAAAUUCCCAGCUCCAGAAAUGUCUUAUUUAUCUCGGUGCAUUCUAGAAUUCACAUGAGAGCAAAGCCAUAUGUAAGUAAUCAAAUGUGGGAGCUCAAUUCUUUUAUUUGCCUUGAAAUACAUAGUUACGGUGAGAAAUUUGUGAUUCAUAUCACCUCAACACAUACAGAAACUCAGGAUUAGGACACAUUAUAGACUGAGAAAUCUUUUUGCAUGGAAAGGUGGCCUUGCAUAGUGGAGAAUCUUGUGUCAAUGUAUAUUUUGUGGGAACCUCUGUAACCACUUUGAUGUUACUCAUAAAUAAACAGUAUUGUCAGAAAAGAAUGAAUAAAAGUUGU